AUGUCGAAAACGGAUUCCGUCUCUGAAACCAUCACUCAAACCACUCGAUUUCUCCUAACCUCCUCUAACUACACUAUAUGGAUUCUUCCAAUGGCCGCCAAGCUUGAAGAUAUCAGAAUUUGGACCUAUGUCACUGGUGUUCUAAAAAACAAUGAAAAGACCCCGGAUGAAGAACUGGCUCAACUUUCAAUUGUCAAAAGACUCGAAUCAUACUCGGUCACGAAUAAAAUCAAGAAAGAAUCUAAGAAGGAAUCAUCAAUCAAUCCUCCAAUGAUGCUACACACUUGUGCUUCUUCUCAACCAAUUGAACCGACUCCAUCCGUCUCACCGAUCUGUGUUCACUGUAAGAAGACCGGACAUCGCCCAACCAAAUGUUGGACCAAGUAUCCUGAGAAGGCCCCAAAGACUCCUACUUCUCAUUACACUCACUACGUACAUGCUUCUGGCUAG